AUGGCACCCUCAGCCAAGAAGCUUGACCAGGCUAUCCAUGUGGGCUCUUCAAGGAACAUCUCCUCCACGCUAGGUCUCGCGGGUGGCGCUGUUGACCUUGAAUCUGCCAAUACGCGUAAAGUCGAGUCCAGAGUCGACCGCAAGAAGCUUGAGAAAGCUGAACGUAAACUACGUGCCAAGCAAGAUCGCAAAGAGUUUAAGAAUGUUGAAUAUGAGGCUUCCCGUCUGCUCAACGAGCCUAAUGAGGCACAGAGCUACGAAGAGUUCUACAUGGCAGUCAACCCCCUGCAGUUGGGUGAGGCCAACACGAAGAGUAAGGAUAUCAAGAUUGAUAGCUUUGACCUCUCCAUGCCCGGUCUACGUAUCCUUACAGAUAGUUCUUUAACCCUUGCAUAUGGCCGAAGAUAUGGUCUUGUUGGUCAGAACGGUAUUGGUAAAUCCACAUUGCUUAGAGCUCUCGCUCAUGCCGCCAAGCUGGACGUGCAACGUGAGGGUCUUGACACUACGCUGAGCGAUAUUCACGCCAAGCUGGCCGAAAUGGAGUCGGACAAGGCCGAAUCUAGGGCAGCCAGUAUCCUUGCAGGUCUUGGUUUCUCGCAAGAGCGACAGCAAUUUGCAACCAAGACCUUCUCUGGAGGUUGGAGGAUGCGACUGGCACUUGCACGUGCCCUCUUCUGUGAACCUGAUCUUCUGCUCCUCGAUGAGCCGUCGAACAUGUUGGACGUCCCCUCGAUUACCUUUUUGGCAAACUACCUCCAGGACUACCCCAGUACAGUGCUCGUUGUAUCCCACGACAGAGCCUUCCUGAACGAAGUCGCCACAGAUAUCAUUCACCAGCACUCUGAGCGACUGGACUACUACAAGGGUGGUAACUUUGACUCAUUCUACGCGACGAAAGAAGAGCGCCGCAAGACAGCUGCUCGCGAGUAUGAGAAACAAAUGGCUGAACGCGCACAUUUACAGGCCUUCAUCGACAAGUUCAGAUACAAUGCUGCCAAGUCAUCCGAAGCUCAAUCCAGGAUCAAGAAACUGGAGAAGAUGCCCGUUUUGACAGCACCAGAGGCGGAAUACUCUGUCCAUUUCAAGUUCCCAGAUGUGGAGAAGAUGUCACCUCCUAUCAUCCAGAUGAGUGGUGUCUCGUUCGGCUACAACAAGGACAACAUCUUGCUGAGAAACGUGGACUUGGACGUACAGCUCGACUCCCGUAUCGGUAUUGUAGGCCCCAACGGUGCUGGUAAGACGACAGCUUUGAAGCUACUCAUCGGCGCGCUUUCACCUACUACGGGGUUGAUCUCACAAAACCCGCGGUUACGCGUGGGCUUCUUCGCUCAACAUCACGUGGAUGCAUUGGAUCUGAAUGACAGCGCCGUCGGCUUCAUGUCGAAGAAGUACCAUGGCAAGGCGGACGAAGAGUACCGCCGCCAUCUUGGCGCUUUUGGUAUCACCGGUAUGACGGGUCUGCAGAAGAUGGAACUGCUAUCGGGAGGACAGAAGUCGCGUGUUGCCUUUGCCUGCCUGGCAUUGACGAAUCCGCACAUUUUGGUACUCGACGAACCGUCCAAUCACUUGGACAUUGAAGCCAUGGACGCACUUUCAGAAGCAUUGAACAAGUUCCAGGGUGGUGUGCUCAUGGUUAGUCACGAUGUUACCAUGCUGCAGAACGUAUGCACAAGUCUGUGGGUAUGCGACAACGGGACGAUCGAACACUUUGACGGAACGGUAAAGGACUACAAGCGACGCAUCACAGCGCAAGCGAACGAGGCGGGUGUGGUAAAGAAGCACUAAGAGACGGGCCGAACAUGUGAAAUAGCAAAGUCAUGAACUUGUACAUGGCAUGUCAACAAUAUAUUUGAAUUCUCGGUCUUAA